UGUUUCACGAAGAUGAAAGGCGCGGUAGCUGGCAAAAUGUUGCUCGACUACCUUAGAUAUAGGAGACUCUGGUGUUUAGGCAAUACAGCCCGUUCCGGGCUCCCUCGGUGGCGUUUUCCGGUUCCUUGACCGGGAGUCUCCGGCGAAUGCCGGGAGACAGUGCCAGGUCGGAGCCGACCCAUCUCAUGUCCGGACUGCUAAAAUGCGUCUCAUUCGACAUUUGAGCUGGGACUGUUGUCGCAGCCAUUUCCAGACUCGGUUUGCGAUGCACACCUUUCAGAGUAUAUGUUGUCUCAAUUUGAUCCAUACCCCGGGUCCCGAAUCCCGAGCGGGAGAAAACAAGCGCUCAGACAGUAGUAUCGCAGAGAUGCAGACACGCAGCCGCGUUCCGUCAAACAUUUGCAGGCAUGGUCCAAUUGGCCAAUCGAUUUUGCGAACGCGAAGACGCGCCGCGGGCGGUGUUUCGAGAACGGUAUUUAGUUGCCUGCAAUUCUUUCGGAUGACGCGCCUGCGCGAAAACGAAGCACCGACCGUGCCUCUAGCUUAUCUCUGGUUCACAGACCUUUUCUUGAACUGCAGUUGGGGGCAGGUCAGGAAGGUCCUGUGGCCCGUGCGUAUGUAUAGAGUGGGUCCUCCAACACUGCGUUCAGAAAAGGUCUGUGGACGUUCCGAACGAAAUCGCCUCAUGCGUCAUUUUACCCCCAUACAAAUUGGAGAAGUCACCAUUUUCAAUCAUCAUUCAUGGCAGCCCAGUCCAAUUGUAUACUAUAUAAAAUACACUCUGAGGUUUGGAAUUGACCGCUCUUUCUGAUGAUAUAUAUAUGUUCGAGGUUCUGUGUGGUCUUCCUGGAGAUGUCGCAAGGGGGGUGUGAAUUUUGUGCGUCAUUGAGGGAUGUCGACCUGAUUGCCCCGGUCGGAAUCAACCACCACUUGUUGUAUCAUGCUCAAAUUUGACAGAGGAUAAGAAAUGGCCGGCCUACCUCAGAGACUUGCCCGCUUGGCCACAUCUUCGUGGGCCAUUGAGAUCCAGGUUGGAGGGUGUGGAAUUGCUGGCUUGACGGUACGUAUCCUAAGCAGUAUUCGUGCCCUGCGACCGUGCCUACCACUAGCAGGAAGCUCUUGAAAUGCCCAUUCUUCCAGUGGUAGGCCCGUACGUGUGGGAGCAAUACUGCCCAGGAAGCGUGGGAAAGUAGGUCCGUACAGUCGGCUG